AUGCGCACAAAACUCAUAAUGCGCACGUUAGCACUGGAACCUGCCACCUCGAACGUUAAAUCGCACCCUCCACCCCGUCUUGACUCCUCCUCAUAUAUGAACGUUUCGCGGCGAUUUCACAUACACGCAAGAGAAGGAGGAGGAGAAGGGGAAAACCCUCGUGAUAAUCUGUCACAAAAUUUGGUUAAAGGGGAAGCAGGGAGAUUGAAAGAGGUUUUGAUGGUACUUUCCGGCAAGAGAAGAGGCGGCGGAGAAAGAGAAGCGGUGGAGGAGGAGGAGGAAGAGAUGGAGAGAUUGAAACCGUUGCACAAUUUUGAUUUGCCGUGCUUGAAGUGGGGGAAUCAGAGGCUUCUUCGAUGCAUGAAGGUGGAUUCCAAAGGUGAGGUGUCGGCCAUGGAUCGGAAACAAUCGUCGGAGAGUGGCGGCGGCAGGGGAGGGGGUUCCGUGAUUGGAACACGGCGGAGGGAGAUGGAGUUAGAGAGAAGGUAUAGAUCAAGUGAUGAUCGGAAGGUGGAGAGUUAUUAUAAGUGUCCUUCGUCGGAGAAAUUGAAGGCGCGAGCCGGAGACGGGGAGAUCGAGGCGACUAGAGAGAAACUGAUGUUCGAUUUCCAGACGGAGGUUGGUAAGAUGAAGGAUGCGAUUCUGAGAGAAAGUUUUGUCGUUCCGCCGCCGGCACCGGCGACAACGACUGCAACGACGUCUACUUCUCCGGCGGAGAGGCCGUGGAAUUUGAGGACUAGACGAGCUGCGUGCAAAGCUCCUUCCUCUUCGAAUGGAGUCAACGGCAAUGGUGAUAUUGUGAAACCUAAUGUUUCUCCGGUGAGAAACGAAUGCAGAUCACCGAAAUCUCGACCUGUCGGUGGUGGCGCCACCGCAACUACCAGUGGCGAGAAGAGAGAGAGACCGAAAUUUUCCAUUACACUUUCUCGCCGUGAGCUGGAGGAUGAUUUCACGGCUAUGGCCGGCCGGCGACUUCCACGUAAGCCGAAGAAACGACCAAGGAUUAUUCAGAAACAAUUGGAUACCUUGUUCCCCGGAUUGUGGUUGACGGAAAUAACCGCCGAUCUGUACAGAGUUCCCGAUGAAAUCGAAACCGGAAAGAGGUAGCAGUGGAGAUUCGCCUGAGGUUGCUGCUGACAACAAUGGCGAAGUAUGAUGAUCAAUAAUUGGAAUGCUUGCCUUCUGAUUUCUGCAAAAUGGGGUUUGAUUUCAAAAUGUUCAAAUCCCCUGACUAGAUCUUGAAUUAAGCUUUAGGUUUUCAACUAAUUUUUGCUUCUUAUAGUCAUGUUUUGGUAUAUAAGUUCCUCUUUCCACUGUUUUUGGUUGUAACAAUAAAAAAUAAAUAAA